AUCUGGAUCCUUCACAUACAAAGGAACUUAGCCCAACCAUAAACCUCAGCAGCCACACACAGGGAUUUGUUACCUCUCCUGUGCGCAGAGCUUCGGGCAGAAGCUCCUCAGACAUCUACAGACGUGGCAGUGCCCAGACAACAUGAAGACCCUUCAUAUUCUCCAGCUCUGCGCCUUUUAUUACCAGCUCUUUGUUCAGUUUGAUGAAAGCACAGCUGCACCUUCUCCCAUUAUAAAGUUUCCAGGAGACAACUCGCCCAGGACAGACAAAGAAAUGGUCACUCAAUACCUACUCAAGUAUUAUGGCUGCCCUAAAGACACAUGCCUGAUGGUGCUGAAAGAUACCUUGAAGAAAAUGCAGAAGUUCUUUCAUAUUUCAGAGACAGGAGAAAUGGACCAAAAGACAAUUGAAACUAUGAAAAAGCCAAGAUGUGGUAACCCAGAUGUGUCCAACUACCAGUUUUUCCCAAGGAAACCCAAAUGGGAAAAAAAUGAUAUCACAUACAGGAUCUUGGGGUACACUACAGACCUGGACUCAGAAACAGUGGAUGAUGCUUUUGCUCGGGCCUUUCAAGUGUGGAGUAAUGUUACCCCUUUGAAGUUCACUCGGCUCAUGGAUGGGGAAGCUGACAUUAUGAUCAAUUUUGGUCGCUGGGAGCAUGGAGAUGGCUAUCCAUUUGAUGGUAAAGAUGGACUUUUGGCUCAUGCUUUUGCGCCAGGAUCAGGAGUUGGAGGCGAUUCUCAUUUUGAUGAUGAUGAGCUCUGGACUUUGGGAGAAGGACAAGUUGUGAAAGUGAAAUAUGGAAAUGCUGAUGGCGAGUUCUGCAAAUUUCCUUUCCUCUUCAAUGACAAGGAAUACAACAGUUGCACAGAUUCCGGACGGAGUGAUGGAUUUCUCUGGUGUUCGACCACCUACAACUUCGAUAAAGAUGGGAAAUAUGGCUUUUGUCCUCAUGAAUUAUUAUUCACUUUAGCUGGAAAUGCCGAAGGCAAACCUUGCAAGUUUCCUUUCAAGUUUCAAAGCAAAAGCUACGACAGCUGUACCACGGAGGGACGGACAGAUGGCUACAGGUGGUGUGCAACGACAGAAGACUAUGACCAGGAUAAAUCUUAUGGAUUCUGUCCAGAAACAGCACUGUCCACGGUCGGAGGAAAUGCAGAAGGCUACCCAUGUGUCUUUCCCUUUACUUUCCUUGGCAAUAAAUAUACCUCAUGCACCAGUUCAGGAAGAAGCGAUGGAAAACUGUGGUGUGCCACUAGCAGCAGCUACGACGAUGACCGCAAGUGGGGCUUCUGUCCUGAUCAAGGUUAUAGUCUCUUUCUCGUUGCUGCCCACGAGUUUGGACAUGCCCUUGGACUGGAGCAUUCGGAUGACCCCGGUGCCCUAAUGGCUCCAAUAUAUACUUUUGUCAAGAACUUUCGACUAUCACAAGAUGAUGUCAAUGGCAUCCAGGAACUUUAUGGCCAGGGGUCUGGCACUAAACCUGGACCAGAACCAGGACCUGGACCUUCUCCCACAUUAGGCCCUGUUACUCCAGAGCUCUGUCACAGUGACAUUGUAUUUGAUGGCAUUUCACAAAUCAGAGGAGAGAUAUUUUUCUUCAAAGAUAGAUUUAUAUGGCGAUCAGUAAACCGAAGGAGCAAGCCCUCAGGUCCCCUGCUAAUUGCCACUUUCUGGCCAGAUGUACCUGACAAAAUUGAUGCCGUUUAUGAAGAUCCUCAAGACGAGAAGACAAUUUUCUUUGCAGGCGAUGAAUACUGGGUCUAUUCCUCAAGCACACUAGAACGAGGAUACCCUAAAAAGUUAACUAGCCUCGGACUUCCAUCAGAUCUGAAGCGGGUGGACGCUGCUUUUAACUGGAGCAAAAACAAAAAAACCUACAUUUUCGCCGGGGACAAGUUCUGGAGAUAUAAUGAAGUGAAGCAGAAAAUGGACACUGGUUUCCCUAAAUUAAUUGCAGAUUCAUGGAAUGGUGUACACGACAAUCUAGAUGCUGUAUUUGACCUCGGUGGAAAUGGCUACAGUUACUUUUUCAAAGACCAGUACUACCAUGAGAUGGAAGAUAAGAUCUUGAAGAUUGUUAAAAUUGGAAAUAUAAAAACUGAUUGGCUUGGUUGCUGAAUUUUCCAAUGUUGUAUUAACCAUAUAUUGUCAUUUGUAUGUAUUCCAGCCUACUUGUAUAUGGUUUAUAUUGUUGGUCACAGAAUUGUACUAAAUGACCAGUCUGGCACUGGUAUCUUGACAGUAUGUGCAAGAGCACCUCUUUUACGCCCUCUGAUAAUUUAAUGUGUUGUGUGCCCAAGAAGAGCCUAUAAGAAAAAAGAAAAUGGCGGUGGAGACGCACCAAGCCCUGCUUGGCUAACGUCUGUGAGAAUUAUUCUUAGUUUCCCCAGCAGUUAAUCAUCUUGAUGCUAAAUUAAUUCAUCUUGAUUACAUGAAUGAUGAUUGUUCUGUUCACCUACUGAUGAUAAACCCGCAUACUCAUGGACAGAGGCACAGGUUGCCUACAGACUUUUAUGUCAUUUACAGGAAUCUUCACAAAACACUAUGUUGUCAACAGAUGGAGACAGUGUGAUAUGAUGACCACGAUUAGGAAAAGGGGUCUUCUGCACCACCCUUGUCUUUAGGCUGUGUUUGAUAUUGCAGUUCAACCUCACUUAGGCCAGUCGUAGCCCAUGGACAAGAGUGGUGCUCAGAAGACUUAUUUCUAAUCCUGGACAACCCUUUACACUGAUAUCAUUUGUUACUGUUUUAGCUGUGAAAUAUGCUGUUUGUAAUCAUUGGCAAUUGCUAUAUUUUCCUAAACGUGUCAAAACUGUACAAAAGUCAACUGAUAUUCCUUUAUAAAGCAAUUACCAUUUACAGGACAACCAAGCAAAAGGAGCAGUAUAAAAAUAAACCACACAACAAUGAUA